CUCACGACAGACACGUAACGUCUCUGUGAGCGGGAAAUAGACAUCCUCCUUCCUGUCUUCAGAUCGCCCCAGCUUCUAUUUUACAAACUUAAGUCAUAAUGCGUGAGUGUAUCUCCAUCCAUGUUGGACAAGCAGGUGUCCAGAUCGGCAAUGCCUGUUGGGAGCUGUACUGCCUGGAGCACGGAAUCCAGCCAGAUGGCCAGAUGCCCUCAGACAAGACCAUCGGCGGAGGUGACGACUCUUUCAACACCUUCUUCAGCGAGACUGGUGCCGGCAAGCACGUUCCCAGAGCCGUCUUUGUUGAUCUCGAGCCCACAGUUGUCGAUGAGGUUCGCACAGGAACCUACCGUCAACUGUUUCACCCAGAGCAGCUAGUCACUGGUAAGGAGGAUGCUGCUAACAAUUAUGCUCGUGGUCACUAUACCAUUGGCAAGGAAAUCGUUGAUCUCGUGCUUGACCGCAUCAGGAAAUUGGCUGACCAGUGCACAGGUCUCCAGGGCUUCCUCAUCUUCCACUCCUUCGGUGGCGGCACCGGCUCUGGCUUCACCUCCCUGCUCAUGGAGCGUCUGUCCGUGGACUACGGCAAGAAGUCCAAGCUCGAGUUCUCCAUCUACCCAGCACCCCAGGUGUCAACUGCUGUGGUCGAGCCCUACAACUCCAUCCUGACCACCCACACCACCCUGGAGCACUCUGACUGCGCCUUCAUGGUCGACAACGAGGCCAUCUACGACAUCUGCCGCCGUAACCUGGACAUCGAGCGCCCCACCUACACCAACCUGAACCGUCUGAUUGGCCAGAUUGUCUCCUCCAUCACCGCCUCUCUGAGAUUUGACGGUGCCCUCAACGUGGAUCUGACUGAGUUCCAGACCAACUUGGUGCCCUACCCACGUAUCCACUUCCCCCUGGCCACCUACGCCCCUGUCAUCUCAGCAGAAAAGGCUUACCAUGAACAGCUGUCUGUGGCUGAGAUCACCACUGCAUGCUUCGAGCCAGCCAACCAGAUGGUCAAGUGUGACCCUCGUCACGGCAAGUACAUGGCCUGUUGCAUGCUGUACCGUGGUGACGUCGUCCCCAAGGACGUCAACGCCGCCAUUGCCACCAUCAAGACCAAGAGGACCAUCCAGUUCGUCGACUGGUGUCCCACUGGAUUCAAGGUGGGCAUCAACUACCAGCCACCAACUGUUGUCCCUGGUGGUGACCUGGCUAAGGUCCAGCGUGCUGUCUGCAUGCUGAGCAACACCACAGCUAUUGCUGAGGCCUGGGCCAGACUUGAUCAUAAGUUUGAUCUCAUGUAUGCCAAGAGAGCUUUUGUGCAUUGGUACGUUGGUGAGGGUAUGGAGGAGGGAGAAUUCUCUGAGGCUAGAGAGGAUCUGGCUGCCCUCGAGAAGGACUACGAAGAAGUUGGGGUUGAUUCUGCCGAGGCAGGAGAGGAGGAGGAUGAAGCAGAGGAAUAUUAAGCAAGCAGUUGUCUCACAAGUGGACCAAACCUUUGAGAAGAGAUUUUUUCUUUCGCAUAUUUUUCUUUGGCACUUUCACGCUUCUGUUUUGUUAAGUAUUUUGAAAAAAAACAACUAAAGGUAAACGAUGAACUUGAUGUCACAAAAGGAGAGCAAUCUUGAGAUAAAUAUAUUCUUACCCCUGAAGUUGUGAAAGAGAACCAACUUAAACUGUGAGAUGAAUUUUCAAGUGUUGGGUAUAUAGAUCUGCCUUACAAGUG